UCCCUCUAUGUUUUCUCUUGUUAUUUUUGGUGUUUACUUUUAUGCAAUUGACACCUAGUGUUCAUGUGCUCCACAAAGUAAUCUACUUAUCAACUUUGUCUUAUAGCAUACAAUGUGCAGCUGGAAGAUGAAAAAGGUUCAAAUCAUCAACUGCCACUGAAGGUUGGAGCCCACCACCACUUCUUGUAGACCCUUUUUAAAAUUGUGCAUUUCAAUGAUGAAUCUCCUCAAUUUCACCACUCUCCAAGAACAGUUCAUUCAUUAAGAGCUCAUCAUAAAGCAAUUGAUCUAUCUUGCCAUCAUUUAUGGCUUCCUUUUGGUCAUUCUCGGCAAUGUUCAUGGCCUUAAUGGCAUGCAAUUGUUCAUUGGUCUUGGCUUCUAGACAAAACAUGUAUGUUUCCACCAUCUCAGCAGCACCAACAGCAUUACCAGGUGCCCCUAUGUACUUCUCUCCAACCAUGUCACCAGAUAUUGAGCCUUUGUUUCCAACCCCUGGAGGUGCUGCUUUCUCUCCAUCAGAGUCCACAACACCUACAAUUCCUUCAAGUCCAAGCCCUCCUAAUCCAGAUGUCUCCAAUAGUCCAGGGUCAGUUUUGGCUUUUCCACCUUCACUGUCUAUGCCAGCUGUGGCACCAACUUCCCAGGGUGCUUCUCUGCCACUUUGUUCAAUUCUACAUCUUGCCAUUCUGGUAAUUUGCAUAAUGCAGCUUCAUGGCGUGUGAAUAGAUGUUGGUGUUUCUACUUAUGUUUUGGAAGCAUUUACUGUUUAGCAUAUCAAGUGGAAGGCAAGGCAUUAUUCUGGGUAUGUUAAAGUGCUUAGUAUGAUGUUACAAAACAAUUAAGACUUGUAAACAUUUCUGAGUGUCCAUCUUGAAUUCUGGGUUAUUUGAGUGUAGAAAUAACAAUUGAGGAUAAAUUUUUUCAUCGUUAUAUCAGUUCAGAAAUAACUCAGAAGGAGAUGAAAUGUAAUAUGAAACUUGUGGUGUUUAAGCUUUACUCUGUUUUUUUUAGUAUUUGUUACAUUUAUUUUUCAUUUUUGAGUAUAUAAUUUAGUUGUGUU